GUUCGACAGACCAGCCUUUGCUCAAAAUGGAUCCCCACGGGCCGAACGACUUGAAUUAGUCUGGAUAAUUUCAACUAAAACAAGAACUGAUGGAAAAGCGAGCUUGAUGCCUUCGUUUGAAUAAUGCUCGGAAGCUGAGAGAUGAAUCAUGGGAAAGAAUAGCCGGACAUGUGACUGCAGGAAACCAAAACGUCAGCUGCUAUGUCACAAACACACAUCUGAACGGGGACGGCACCGGGAGGGUCCAUGGCUCAUUCGUCAGACCCCUCGUGCAGAGAGAAGGCCCCCGGCACACAGGGGAAGCCGCACUCGGCCGCACGCAACAUUGUACGCAAGAAGGAGCAGCAGCGGCGCCGCCGAGGAAUCCGAUCUUCCUCACCCAUGGGCCGCGUCAUCCUCAUCAACUCGCCGGUGGACGGCGGCGAUGACAGCGAGGACCUUCACACCAUCACGGUGGACAAAAGCAAGGACGGCAAACUGGGCUUCAGCGUGCGUGGCGGCUGCGAGCACGGCCUGAGCAUCUUUGUCAGCAAGGUGGAGGACGCCAGCACGGCAGAGGAGGCCGGCCUGCUGGUGGGUGACAAGCUGGUGGAAGUGAACGGCGUCAGCCUGGAAAGCAUCACCAUGAGCAGCGCCGUAAAGGUCCUGACGGGCAACAACAGGCUUAGGAUGGUGGUGAGGCGUGUGGGCAAAGUGCCCGGGAUACGCUACUCUAAAGAGAAGACCACCUGGGUGGACCUGAUACACAGGCGCAUGGUGGUGGAGGAAAGCGGACGGACGCCAUCAGAUGCCAGCGCGGGUAGCGCCCUUCGCAGGAUCGUCCACAUGUACACCACCUCCGACGACUACUGCCUGGGUUUCAACAUCCGUGGCGGGAAGGAGUUUGGUUUGGGGAUUUAUGUCUCCAAGCUGGACCCCGGUGGCCUGGCCGAGCAGAACGGGAUCAAGAUGGGUGACCAGAUCCUUGCCGCCAAUGGUGUGAGCUUCGAGGACAUUAGCCACAGCAACGCCGUGGAGGUUCUGAAGAGCCACACGCACGUCAUGCUGACCAUUAAGGAGGCUGGCCGCUAUCCUGCUUACAAGGAGAUGGUGGCAGAGUACCGAUGGCUCAACAAGUUGGCUAACAGGGGUCAGAAAUCUUCUUCGCUGGGCUCAGAGUCCAAUUCAUCAGCAUCCUCACUGUCCUCAGAGACGCCGGUCAGUUCCCUGAGCGGCCUGUCCCAAGUCAUGUUCCCGCCCAGUCUGCCAUUUGUCUCCGACAUGGUGGAUGUGUGCAUCUCCACCGAGGACCAGAGAUUUGAGUUGGAGCGCAGCGAGGCCGCCAUCCAGACAGACACGACGCGCAGCCUAGGGGCCACCACACUGCUGCGGGACACCGCCAUCCGUCAGGAGGAGGACAGAGAUGAGGGCGGUCUCAAGAAGGAGUCCCGCAAGACGGCGGUGCUGCUGGCCCUCAGCAGACCCAGCCGACCCAUCAGCCGCUCGCAGAGCCAGGUCACUAUAGCAGAGAUCAGCCAAAAGAAAGCCAAGAAGCAGAAAGGAGGAAAAACCUCCGGGGAGAAGAGUGCACUGCAACGCUCCAAGACAUUGGUCAACUUGCUGUUUGGGGGCGCACGCAAGAGGGACGGCUCUAGGGGGCGCUCCAAGUCAUUGUCCACUGACAAAGAAGGUUUGAGUCCAAGACCUGUAGAGUUUCCAGAGGAGACGCUGCGAGCAGUGGAGGAGCUGGCCCAGCGUCUGUUGACUGAGGAGGAGACGGAAGCGGUCAUGAAAGCGUGUCGGACGUAUGUGGAAGAAAGGUGCCUGGAGUCGUUAAUACGCCACCUGCUGGCCGUGCUGGACAGGCCUGAAAAACUGCUGCUGCUCAGGGAGGUCAGGAUGCUGCUUCCUGCGGCCCACCUCCGUGAAUUCAACAGCACUGUCGAAGCGGUGGAGGUGGAGGCGUACGACAUCCUCAAGUACCGCUCAGUCCGAACGCCGCCUCUUCGCUCUCCCACGUCUGGUCGAGCACCCAAACGCCGCCUCAUCACGCCCAUCCCAGAUUUGCGAGGAGGCUUUGAGCUGCACAGUGCAGCCAUGGUGGAGAAGCAGAGCCACCUGGUGGACAAGUUGGAAAAGCUCAGCCUGUCGGGGCCUCGAGCAUGCAGGCAGAGGCGGCGCCGCCCCACCGCCACCUUCAUGCCGUUGCUCGACAUCCCUGUCGACGGAUACCGGUUCACGGAGGAGCAUCAACACAUCCCCGCAGGUACCCCGGAUCCGAACUGGCUACUCGCCGACUACCCUGACGUAGGAAGCGUCAACCCUGUGCGCUUUGAGGACGUCUCGGGUUCAGCACGUCUGAACGGACGACAUUCUCCGCAAGAGCACGAACUCCAAACGGUCAGCAUCUCCAAGACCAAGCAGUCGCUAGGCAUCAGCAUAUCCGGCGGAAUAGAAUCCAAGGUCCAGCCGGUUGUGAAGGUGGAGAAGAUUUUCCCGGGAGGAGCCGCCUCCACCUGCGAUGUGCUCAAGGCCGGAUUCGAGGUAGUGAGCGUGGAUGGCGCGUCGCUGCAAGGCGUCACGCACCAGCACGCCGUCGACCUCAUCCGAAAAGCCUUCAGCGACAAGGCCAAAGACCCCAUGCUGCUGGUGGUCAAAGUGCCCUGCAAGCCUCCAAACACAUCAUUAGCACAGCCUAGCGGUCAAUGAUGGCCAAACACAUCCCAAUUUAGAAACAAAACCGCAAUUGAACGAUUCAGUGUGACCUUUAAUAAAAACACAAUGUACAGCAAGGUGAAAAUAUACAUUUGUACUUCUUAACGUGCUGUGGAAGCCCGACAAACAUCCAAAAUGAAACAGGCCUUGUGGAAACAUUUCUUUGGUCUAUUCACAGUGACGAGUGCACUCGGAUUCGUUUAGGUCAGAAGAUGACAGAGUCAUCAUUUUUGUUGUUUUCUCUUGGGCCGACGAAAGGAAGUAAAAUGGUCACACCUGCUCAAAAGGUUGAGCCAUCUGAGAGAAGGUAGUAGUAGGAU